AUGGAGCUCGACGAAGAAAUCAACAAAAACGACCAUGAGAUCUCGAAAACAGAAGAUGCCAUCUCAAAACAAAAAAGUUCCAUCGAGGAUGUUGUCAACCAAGUAGCAGUUAAACCAACAUUGCUGUACAUCGCUUUGAUGAUGGGCUUGGGGUCCUUCAACAUGACGUGUGCAGUUGUAGCUUAUUUCCCAAAUUUUGGAGGUUACGUGCCCUACACAGAUUGGAGAUGUAUAUCAACGAGUGAGAAUUGCUAUAAAAGAACUACCAAGUUCCUUGACCGAGGCUGGGUGACAAGGCCUACAGAUGAACUUGUUUUUAUUGACAGUAGAUGCGCUAUCAAACUUAGACAGGAUGACUUAACUGCGGACCUACUGACCUUGGAACUAUGGGAGAACGCUACAACCCAUCUUGGGACCCUAGAUUUUGAUGCAAGUGGCCAAAAAAUUGUGAUAAGAUCGAUGAGAUUUUGCAAGAAUGAGGCAAGCUCUUGCACAAAAGAAUUUCCCUAUGAUAUGGAGACUGAUAAGGAAGGCUUGAAUUGCCAAAUAACCUUUGCUGGAUCGACUUGGUCGCAAAAAGAAACAACUCUUCUUUGCGAAUCUACCAGUAGCGAAGAGAAAUUGAAUUUGGCGGAUGAUGAAGGCGUGCUCACUGUGAUUGAUCGAGUUAAAUACAUCAAACUUAACAGAAUUGGGAGCUACAAUCUCCACUGUCCAGAUAAAGAACAAUUUAACAGAGAUGACCUAUGUGGAUCGGGAGAAAGUAAAUACGAGGGUCAGUUAAAUGUCAGUGAGGACUUUAACUGGGACACAAAAGGACGGACUUCAUUUGCAAUUGACUGGGAUCUCUAUUGUGAUAGGGAGUACCUCGGAUCUAUCAUUAAGUCUGUUUACUUCGGUGGAGCUUGGGUUGGGCUAUCAGCAGGCGGGUGGUUGUAUGAUGUGAUAGGAAGGAAAAAAGGCGCUUUGGUCGGCUACGCUGUAGUGACAAUAGCCUGUUUUGCCAACGCUGCUUCACCUUCAAUAGAGUUUUUAUUCGUGUGCAGAUUUCUUCAAGGUUUUGGAGUCUACCUAGGCUUCAUGGGCAUGUAUGUGCUAUUACUGGAGUAUACGGCAUCCGAGUACCGGGCAAUUGUUAACACUGUCACUCUCGUAUUUUGGGCAGUAGGGUAUCUUGUUGUUACCAUGACUGGGUAUCUGAUAUACAGUUGGCACUGGUUAGCAGCUACCCCUGGGUUUUUCUACUUGGCCUUCAAUCUGAUACCUCUUCUUUUGACACCAGAAUCUCCUGGAUUCCUUCUUACCACUAAAAGAGAUGUAGAAGGAUCCAAGGCGAGUCUGAAAUGGCUGGUAAAGCUGAACAAUAGCAGUCUUGAUGUAGAUAGUUUGACUUUAGAGGACAGCGAUGAGAAAACUGAGGAACCGUCAUUUAUCAGCACAAUGAAAGAUUUCUGGAGAUACAAAGAGAUGUUGGUGCAACUAAUGGUACAGAUGUGGUUGUGGAUGGUGUCUGCUUUUAUCUACUACGGAUUCAGUUUUAGUUGGGCCUCUCUCGGUAGCAACAUCUACAUCAGCUAUCUCUACGCAGCCAUUGGAGAAUUUAUAGCGUACACUGUUUUAACGUUCCCGCUGGAGUAUUGGGGGAGGAAACCUUCCCACAUUAUGAUGUUCCUUGUUGGCAGUGCUUCCUUCCUGUUUGCAAUGAUACCUAGCAAGAUCAGUGGUUCCUUCACGGUGGAGCAACUGAGCUGUCUCAUUGGGAGCAUGUUCGUCUCAGCAGUCUUUGGUUUUGUUUAUCUUUACACUGCAGAACUAGCACCCAUCUCUCACCGAGGAAGGAUAUGCAGCUAUUGCUCGUGUGCUGCCCGUAUUGGUGCUUUCUGUGGACCAUAUGCGAACCUGAUGUUCGCCUGGAGCAAGCCAGGGACAUUCAUAAUUUUUGCGAUCUUGUCUGGCUUAGCAGGGUUGGCCACUUUUAGGCUUCCAGAUACAAAAGGAAUUCCAACCCCCACCUCCGCAGAAGAGGUUCAGUCAAGAAGAUUACAGAACUUGAAUAAAGCAGCCACGGACUCUGUCAUCGACAACGAAGCAUUUACAAAAUAACAUUAAAAAACGUUUUUCGAAUAAUUUCUGACAGAAUGUUUGUUGAGCUUCUAUUCCUUCCUUUGUCAAUCAUGAACUUGGA